AUGCUAAAAGACCCUUAUUGCCGCCAGCAGAUUUCCGAAGCCUGCGUAGCCGUCAGUACGGGAACCAAGAAUGCCCGAAAAGUAGAUAGAUAUAUUUUCUUUAAUAAACUCUUCCCGUCAUCAUCAUCAUCAUCAUCAUCCAUCAUCAUCAUCGCAAUCAUCAUCGCCAUCAUCUCCUGCACUAUAUAUAGGAUAAAGCAAGCUGAAGAGAAAAUAACUUUCAUAGAAAAACAGACGGAAGCAGUAAAGAAAAAUCAGGAAGAGCAGAGUGUUGUGGCAUCUGCAGAGGAACAGUAUCUCAAAAAGCUGGAAAAGGACAAUGAAAAUUUGCAUUUGAAAAUCUUCAUGCUUUCUGAGAAGAGUUCAACUUUGACAACAUCCAGGAAGAUCAACCAGCAGAGUUACCUGCAGCUCUGCUGUCAUGUCAAUAAACUGAGGAGAGAGCUCCAGGAAUCCAAACUUACCUGUGGGGAGGAAGAUGAAGUUUUUAUAAAGAUGAAACACCAGAUCCGGGAGCUAGAAGGCUAUGUACAGGAAUACCAAGUGAAAAUACAGGCAUCUUCUGAAGAAGACCUCACUCUCAUCAUGAUCUAUGGCUCUUUCAAAAUAGCUACAAAAGCUAGAUCAAAGUUUCAAGGACCAGUCAAUAUGCUGAAGGAGAUUCAGGUUUGCCUGUGUAUCACGUUUUUGUCUGCAUUUGGAAUAUUCUAUGAGUUUUACCAAGCACCAGGAUGCCUCUUUUCCUGCAAACCUAUGCCUAAGCACUUCCUGACACACAAAGAUAUCAUGGCCCAGGGCAGAAGCAUAAUCCUUCUGGAGACAACCGACCAUUUACAGCCUUCACCACUGGUCUUAUGUUCUUUGGAAUCUGCUGCCAGAAUCUAUCCAGACAGGCCUGUCAUUUACUUUAUGAAAGGGUUGGGCAAUAAUACGAUGGAGGAUCUCAAGUCUUCAUGCCCACCACUUUCUUUCCUAUCUGCUGUGAGAAAUAUUUUCAUUUUCCCCCUUCAGAUGGACAGUUUGUUCCAGGACACACCUCUACUCCCGUGGUACUUGCAGGUCAAUGCAACACAGGAGAAGAACUGGAUCUAUAUUAUCUCAGAUGCAAUCAGGCUUGCAAUGCUGUGGAAAUAUGGUGGAAUUUAUAUGGACACAGAUGUCAUUUCCAUCAGACCUAUCCCUGUAACCAACUUUUUGGCAGCCCAGUCUUCGCAAUUCUCCAGCAAUGGGAUCCUUGGUUUUCAGCCACAUCAUAGGUUCCUCUGGGAUUGCAUGAAAGAUUUUGUUCAGAACUACAAUGGAAAUAUCUGGGGAAACCAGGGGCCUUAUUUGAUCACAAGGAUGCUAAAGAAGAUAUGUAAUCUCACCAAUUUUGAGGAUGUGAAGGAUCAGAGAUGUCAGAAUAUUUCCUUCUUGCACCCUGAGCGCUUCUAUCCCAUCCCGUUUCAACAAUGGAUGCAGUACUAUAAGGUAUGGGAUUCAAGGCCGAACUUCAAUCAUUCCUAUGCUUUGCACUUGUGGAACUUCAUGAACCAGGAAGAGAAAAAAAAUGUAACUGUUGGAAGUAACACACUAGUGGAAAACCUAUUCAAAACAUAUUGUCCUACUACCUACAGGAGCCUUGCUCAAGCUGCACAAAGAAGUGAACAGAUGUCUCAAAAUAAAACAAGGUGA